AUGGCUCUUUCGACUGAGUUCGCCAAGUGCGAAGCUGUGCCCACUCGCGCGGAUAUACUUUCGUUUCGAACAGCAACUUGGCUCCUCGGCCAAUUCAAAGCAGUCAACAGCGUCCACGGAACCACCCUGCGUAACACUAAUCACCAAACGAUUGCCGACUCCCUCAAGGGCUCAUUGGAAGAACGUCGACUCACUCGCAAGCAUUACGAGUUUCUUGAUUGCCUAGCUAGCAUCUUCAUCCGCGACAGGGAGGUUGUCGCUCUUGUUCCCAGCUUCCCCCCAAGGGCGGAAGUAAAGGGCAAGUCCAAAGCCAUCGCUAUCGGUGAAAGGUCGAACGUUGUCUACCUGUCGGCGAACCCCCGCUUCGAUGACCAUGCCGAGGUCCCGGACGACGAAAAAGUUCAAGGACCGGCGCUAUUCGUGGACCUCGACGGGAUGGAGGUCGAGGACUUCGACUUUGACUACCCCGAUGGUGCGGUGGCUUAUCUCUAUGACAAGUGGUCUGCAAUGACUAGCAAGCGAAUUGAAACCGGGCAAGAGUUCAUUGCAUCCUGUCUCCGCAUCAUCCAGAUGCUAAAGGCCUUCUUUUCCGAAAACGACGGUGUCAAGAAAGCGAAGAAACAUGCAGUCUUGAAAGACUUUAUCCAGAUAUCGUCUCAGGCGAAGAUUCGUCAGCACUUCGAGAAUGGGACCAUCUACAGAAACUACGUUUCUAUACUGUCAACGCCGGUUUCGCGCUUAGCACAGCUUCAACUGCAAAAGGAUGACCCCAAUCAUUUCAGCUCCACCGGUGCCACUGCUUCAACCUCGACAACAUCACUGACAGUCGCUGAACUCGAAGCUCAGGCUAUCCUCGAUGACGAGGCUUUUCGUUCGCGUCCGUUUGCCUUCCUCAGAGGCGGCCGAGAGAUGGCUACAGCCAAGCUGGAGCUAAAGUUCCGUAAGGGCCAGACACGAAAGCAAGCCACGGUCCUGGAGGCUGUCUAUAAAGAGGUGAACGGCUGGCAUCAGCAUCAGGUUGGGAGGGAUAGAUUGCAGCCCGAUAAUAUUACUCGGGAGCACGCUCGCAAUUUCCCGCUGUUUCAUUCAUGGGCAUCAAGCCCGUUGAAUGCUCAGGAGAGGCCCGACUACGUAUUUUACGACGAAAAGGGCCGCGCUGAGAUGCAGCGGAUCCUGACAAGCAUUCUUCUAGCGCUUGAGUUCUACCACAAGCGGUCCAAGGAAGCCCCAACAUUUGUCAACGCCAUCAACAUGAAACCCAAGGAUUCUAGGGAGGAUGCUAUCAAGAAGUGCAAAGCUAUCAGCGACGAUUUACAGCGGGCGUACUUCUGUCUUGCUGGAAUCCGACGAGAAUUUCCCCAGCUUUUAAAUUCACACCUUGCAUGGCUUCAGUAUCUGACUGGCGUCACGGCAACGCAUGAUCCUUACCGAGGGUUCAGCUCGCGUCCUCCUUCCCACUCGCCGGAUCCUAGGAUUCACCGUAUGGCAAUCUAUGCAAAGCCUGGGACAGCCGCCGCUGGGAUGCCAUUGUUCGAAUCGCCAAAAAAGGCACUUGCAAGCGGCACCCCUGCCACGCCAGUUCAUGGAUCAAGCACAGCUCACCAGGAACCGCCGACUCCUGGACUCAGCAAGGGAUUCAGUGAAAUCAAGCUCUCAGGCGGUACUGAGGCCAUCGACGACAACUUCAGCACUGAGCUUCUCUCACUCGAUCGAGCUAGCAAGAAACACGGCUGGGACGUUGCAGCCGCAGAAUAUCUUGGCAUUGUUUGCCGGCACUAUGAUUCCCUACUGUUUCUCUUGGAGAGCGACCAAUGCGUCAUUAAUCGUUUUCUGGCUACUGAAUUCCAACCGGUCAGAACCUACCCCAAGUAUCGGGACAAGGAGAAUAGCGAUCUUCGGGGUUUUCUGGAGACGUUUGAACUUGAACGAGGCGUGAAGCUGCCACCACAUCUUGUGGAUGCCUGGGUCGCGAGCUUCCCAAACGCAGGAACUUUCUCAGGCACCUGGCACUGCGAAGCGACAAUCCUUAGCCUCCACCUUCUUGAAAAAAACCGGGCUCUCAUGGUGGACACCAAUGUCGUGGCGGGAAGCGACGAUGCUAUGGCAGCGCGUCAAUUACCCGCGGCAAGUUUGACAAGGCGAUUCCGAUCUUUGGGGACUUCUAUAGCUGUCAACAAACGAUGCUGUCCGGUCUGCUACUUCCUCGUGGAGUAUGUCCAGAGCGAGGAGAAUACACAGUUCCUGUACAAGGGGGUUCACUCGGACUGGUCGGCGACUACUCUUCCUCCUUGGAUUCCAAAAGAGGUCUUUCACUCUGUUUAUGGCAAAGUCCUUCAACACUUGCGCCACGUCUUUCAGGAGAAAGUGUACGAAGACUGGACGAACCGAUCCGAUGAUAGCGGAGGAACUCGGAGCGCUCCAGGUCGGAGCAGCGCUGGUAGUGGACCCGGUGCCGACGAUCAGUGGUACACCCAAAAUCAACAAUCGCGCAAAAUGCGGCCUUCAAUCAACUUCGAUACCCCACAGGGAGGCGCGGCGUCGUCAAAGAGGGCCUCUGGAAAAUCUGACACUGGUGGGACUGGUUCGAAGAAAGGAAAGGGAGGAACCUCGAGCGGAACCAGGGCUGGGAACAGGAAGAAAAAGGAGGCUACAUCGGGGCAUGGCGGGGCCAGCGGUCGAGGCUCAGGUAGGCGUGCCGAGGUUGGAAGUGCGCCCCCGCCGUUCAUCCUCCCAGGCGCUUCGGGCCGUGCUACCAACGUUGCCGGCACAACUGGCUCGCAAAUGGGCGGCGACGAUCCUUUUGUCGACACCCGGCGUGGUGGAGCACCACCUGGAGCUUCGCAGGGCGCUGCAGGCGAUCGCUCGCGACCAAGCUUGCCGCCCUUGGCUAUCCCACCAGCCGGGCACAGCCGAUCGCUCUCUUCGCCAACGAAACGACAUGCUUCGUCUGAAGUGCCGCAUGAGAGCUCGCCGUCACCAAAGAAGAAGUGA